GGCUGCACCACCCCGGCUGCGGGCGGGGACGCGCGCGGUGUCGCCUGCCAGGGGUCCUCGGGCGGGUCCUGGGCGGUUGGCUGGGGAGCGCGCGGCGUGGAGCCCGGGACUGGGGUCUUCAGGUGGGCACCCGGCAGCGGAUCCCGGGGCCACCGUCCCUCUCCAGGUUUCCUCCCCAAGAGACCGCGGCUCCUUGCGCCCUGCGGGGAGGGGGCGCCGCUCGGGAACUCAGGCCCGGCCUCACCCUUCUACCUCCGUGGCGCCCCCUCCCCUCCAGCUCCCUCCGGCAUCCCGAGCGCGAGGAGCCUCUGCCCCGGCUCCCCGGGACUCUGGGCGCACGGGGCGCGCACCUGGCACCCCGACCUCAUCCUCUUCCCUUGCGCGCGCGGGGGGCUCCGCGGGGAUCCCGCGGGACUGGCAGCCGCCCCACGGCUCCGCACGGCCGGGAGCCCCCCUUGGGAACCUGGGGGAGGGGUGGUGA